AUGUUAUGCACAAAAGACAACUUUUUAGCCAGUAAAUAUGGGUCUCGCAGUCGAAGUCCAUCAGAUGAGGGUGUCAGGGUGCAUGUGGCAGACUUGGGAGUAGAUCCCUCCAAGAGAGAACUUGAAAGUUCAUUUGAAAAAUUUGGGAAGCUGUUGGAAGUGUGGGUAGCUAAAAGUCCACCCUGUUUUGCUUUUGUGGUUUAUAAAUAUAGAGAAGAUGCAGAAGCUGCCAUUAAAGAAAUGGAUGGAAAAGCGCUUGGAGGUAGCCGAAUCCGUGUUUCCUUGGCCCGUCCUCGAACAAGAGGUCGACGCCGAAGGGUUUUUGAUCCCAACCUUCGGUGUUAUCAGUGUGGUCGAAAAGGACAUUUCUUUCGUGACUGUGAUGAUUCUAGGCGGUUUGCAAGGCGGCGAUAUAUGAGCAGAUCUCCUUCCCGCUCUUAUUCAAGAUCCCGAUCACGGUCCCAUGGAAGAAGAUCAAAGAAUGAAAAGUACAGGUCACGAGGGAGUCAUUCACGAUCUCAUAGCCGAUCCCCAAAGAGAUCUUCAAAGCGCAAAUCUUCAAGCAGAAGUCCCGAACGAAGUCGCAAAUCAAGAAGUAAACAGCGAAGUAGUUCUUCUGAGAAAAUGAAGGCAAAUGAUCGAAAGGGAAGUCAAGAAAGAGAGCCAUCAAAGUUGACUGAAAGUCUCAAGUCGAAUCACAAGAAAAGUCCUUCUGUGGAGAGAUCAAGCAAAGAGAAGAGCCAGACUCCAUCUCCUAAGAAAUCUGAAAGAACCAAUGAUGAAGAUUAG